AAUUUUGCAAAAUCAUUUUAAAUUAUUCUUUUAUAUAUAAUGAGCACACUACAUGAAUAUUUCCUGAAAAUCUAUAAUAUUUUUAAUAGAAAUCAAAUUUGAAUUUUUAGAACCGCGCCAAAAACGCUAUUCCUGUAAUGGCGCCGGCAGAUGACGUCUGUGACGUCACACGCCAGUAAACAGGAUCACGAGCUGUCAGCCGAAGUUAAUUUCAUUAUUGUGCUUGAUUUUGCUAUAAAAUCAUAGAUUAAAUGGUCUAUAAAUGGUGUGUAGUGCCAAAAUGUACGAAUACGUGUAUAAAUAGUCCACAAGCAUUGUUUGUUUCUGUUCCAACCGAUUGUAAAAGACGAAAAAAGUGGUUACUAUUAGCUCGGAGAGACCCAAAGGGCAUUUCAUCGACUUCAAAUGUAUUUAUGUGUGAAGAUCACUUCGAUAUGGAAAAAGACACCAUUAACUACAUGCAGUACAAAAUGGGUUUCAGCAAGAAGAUACUUUUGACAGAAGAUGUUGUGCCAACAAAAUUUCAUUGUCAAGAAGAUCGUAAAAGACCACUGUCUGAUGCUGGACUUUCUCGAGGAGCAUAUGUCAAGAGGAAAAGAAUGGAUUUGGUCAACACAUGUUUGCAAAAAGAUGAGAGUUUGAUACAAGACAUUAUUGAACCUCAAGGUAUGUAAUCUAUUACAUGUGUCCUAUCAUAAAUUAUUUUUUUGUUCAAUGUUGUACUAACUGUCUUCCGGACAGAUAGCUCCAAACUUCUACCUCUUUUUAUUGCAAUAAUAUCUG